AUGAUUGGUCAAGAUCCACAGCCAAUCUGUUCUGAAGAUUCUGUCAAGAAAUUUGAGACAAGGAUGACACGGAACCAUAUCUUCCAACUCAUCUCUGAAAUCAAUAAACCAACAGAUCUUAAGGAAGAGCCAGAUGCGGUAAAUUAUCGCCAACUACAAAGGCAGGCUAUCAGAGAUAUGGGAUUUGGCGCCUUACUGGAUCUCAAAAUCAAAAAUAUUCCAACAGCCUUAUGUAAUUUUCUGGCAAACAAUUUCCAGACCGGUGCAAGACAAGUCCCAUUGAAUGGGAACAAUGUACUGGAUAUCAAACAGGAAGAUGUUGUUGCUGUACUUGAUCUUCCUCGUGGGCCCAAACCAGUGGAAGAAUUCAAACAGAAUGAUCCCGCUAUAACGGACCACGCUGAGAUGGUGGAUGCAUUCAAGAAAAGAAUAGGAUACAGUAACAAAUUCCUGCUAACGAGAUCCACCGCAGCACAAUUAAUUGCUGGUCGAAAAGAUUUUGGUGAUGACUUCAAACGAGAUUUCCUGGUCUUCGUUUUGUCCUACCUUGACAGAUGUGAGUAUGAGAGAGCACAUCCGAGGUCAUUCCCUGUGAUCAAAUCUUGGGAUCAAAAGAUGUUGGACGACAGAAUAAGACUUCAAGGAAGCAAUUUCACAGAUAUUCAAACACUUGAACGUCUCAAGAAACCGUCCUCAGCAGCAUCCCGAGAUGAACAACCAGAGGCUGAAUCACAAGAGGAUACACAGGGAAACCCCAACACACAGCAAGUCUAUGACAUUGCUGCUCUUUAUGAAAAAUUCUACCAAUUGAUUAUCACGAUGAGCAAAACUGUUUUAGACAUUCGUGAGAAGGAAAUGGAGUUAAAAAUCGAACUAGAUGAACAAGCAAAGCAUAUCAAGAUCCUAACAGAUGCAAUGGUGUCGAUGAGUAGAAAGAUGCCUCCGCCUUCAGACAUUGAAAUUGACAAAGCACAGGGAAUGGAGCAAUUGAGCCAGACAAAUGAUGAGGCUUCUCUUGCAGUGGGGAAAUCUGUGCCUACUUCAAAAGAAGUGGUGGUUGAUGAACAACAAACUCAACCACAAGGGGCACAGGGACUGGAUCAAUUGAGCCAGACAAAUGAUGAGAAUUCUCUUCCAGUGGGGAAAUCCGUGCCUACUUCAAAAGAAGUGCUGAACAUGCAACGAAUAUCUCCACAACAGAAAAGAAGAGAUCCCAUCAAGAUUCCACCGGCCGGGAUUCAGGAAGACAGUUACGAGACAACCCAGGAGAAGAACACUCAGGAAGAUGUCACAGGAAGUGUUGAUUUGGAUAAAGAUGUGAAUGAGACUAUAGAAGCAGAAGAAUAUCCAGUACCAUCUGCACUCAACGAAACAAAGAAUCCCAAACAAGUUGAGAAAAACCCAAAGGUGGUUGAAGCAGUCCCUUUAAGCAUAAUUCCACCCAAUUGGAAUAUUGCUUCUACCACGAGUGGUCUACUCAUGCUGGACAAAAAUGAGUGUACCACGCCACCGCCUGCAAUCUCAAAGAAAGCUGAAGUACUUGAUGAAGGGUUAACAAAGACAGUGGAAAAGAUCCUCAAUGAAAAACCUAAGAGGAGAAAUCCACCAAGAGUCCACCGGUUGCCCGAACAGUUCAGGUCGCCAUUCAUGCUGCAGAAGAAACACAAGAAAAAAUUCAUACAGUUGAAAGAGGAGAAGAAGAAAAUGACCCAAGAAGAAGCCCUGUUGAUAGACUUCCUCUCUUGCAGAGACAAGAAGAAAUAG